AUUGAUCUUCUUCAAGUCUAUUUACAAGCUACAGUGAUCUAGCAAGCAAUCCUGAAGUCCAGCCUACCCGUUGCUGGCUUCAUAUCCUCCAUCUACCUCAAAGAAAUAUGCCCACCAUCUCAGUAGACAAAGCCGAGCUUUAUGAGCGACUCGGUCAUCAGUAUACCACGGAGGAAUUCGAUCGUCUGUGUUUUGAUUAUGGACUGGAAUUAGAUGAAGACACGACCGAGGAGGUAGAAGCUGCGAUUAAGAAAGGACUCCCUGCAGAGCGUCCCCAAUUAAAAAUUGAAGUACCCGCAAACAGAUAUGAUUUGGUCUGUAUAGAAGGUAUCUCGCGUGCUUUACGUGCUUUUCUAGGAAAAGAAGAUCCGCCGCAGUAUAGACUCGCAUAUCCCCCUGGUGGCGAAAAAGAUCUCAUCACCGUUACUGUCUCCCCAGAGACGCAACGUAUUCGCCCCUUCUUCGCCUGCGCAGUGUUGCGCAACAUCAAAUUCACGCCCCUGAGCUACGCAUCUUUCAUCGACCUCCAAGACAAAUUGCACCAGAACAUCGGGCGCAGGCGUGCCCUCGUUGCCAUCGGAACACACGACCUCGACACCCUCACUCCUCCUUUCCGAUACGAAGCACGUACACCCACCAACAUCUCUUUCGCGCCUCUCGGUAGAGAAACAGUGCACACCGCUGCAGACCUCAUGCAGAUCUACGAAUCGGAUAAACACCUCUCUCGGUACUUGCCCAUCAUCCGAGACUCUGAUGUCUACCCGAUCAUUUAUGAUGCAGAGGAUCAUGUGCUGAGUAUGCCUCCUAUCAUCAACUCGGAGCACAGUAAGAUCACGUUGGAGACGAAGAACGUGUUUAUUGAUACUACGGCUACGGAUGAUACAAAGUUGCAGAUCGUGAUCAAUAUGGUGGCGACUAUGUUUUCGGAGUAUUGUGCUGAGCCCUUCACGAUCGAGCCGUGCAAGAUCAUCUUCCCUGACGGUUCGACACGUAUAUCUCCUGACAUCGCUCCCCGUACCAUAACAGCACGCGCAUCCUACAUCAACUCCUGCACCUCUCUCUCCCUAACGCCCACCAUCAUCCAGUCCCUUCUAACCCGUAUGACCCUUUCUCCCACCCUCUCUCCCAACGACCCCGAUGCUCUAAUCGUCUCGAUCCCUUGCACGCGUCCCGACAUCUUCCACGAAGUCGACGUAAUGGAAGAUGCAGCAGUCGCAUACGGAUUCAACAACCUACCAGAUAUCUUCCCCCAAACAAGCACAGUCGCACAGCCGUUACCGAUCAGCAGGCUCACAGACGUGAUCCGGAGGGAAUGGGCGAUGGCAGGAUGGGUCGAAGCGUUGCCUUUUAUUCUCUGCUCACACGAAGAAAACUUCGCCUUCAUGAACCGCCCCGACCCCGGUUCCCUCGCAAUCAAAAUCGCCAACCCCAAAACCCUCGAAUUCCAAGUAGUACGCACCAGCCUCCUCCCAGGGCUUCUCAAAACCAUCCGCGAGAACCGCUCGCAUGCAUUGCCUAUCCGUGUCUUCGAGCUCAGCGAUGUCGUUUUCAAAGAUACUUCAAGGGAGAGACAAGCAAGGAAUGAGAGACAUGCGGGUGGGGUGUGGUGUGCGAGGAGUGCAGGGUUUGAGGUUGUUCAUGGGUUGUUGGAUAGGGCGAUGAAGAUGUUGGAGGUUCCGAGGAUCGGGAGGGGGGAUGAGAAGCCUAUGGGGUAUUAUAUCAAGGAAGGAGAUGACCCUGCAUACUUCCCUGGACGCGCGGCAACGAUUUACUACCGCCAACCGCCCCCAAAGACCUCAAAAGUGGGCGAACUGGCUGAUGAACUCAAGAGCACGCUGCACAUAUCCAGUCAUCAAGAUCGAGACAUUGUGAUUGGUACGCUGGGCGUACUGCACCCUACCGUUCUGGAAAAGUUCGAGAUCACGUACCCAUGCUCAGCUCUAGAGUUCAAUAUGGAGGUGUUCUUGAAGCGGUGAUAUUUAGGGGACGACGGCGUAGAAAUAAUUGCACAGAAGGAUAUAGGAUGUACGCUGAACAAAAACGAAUCUAAUCGCUGUUCCAGAAAAAAAAAAACACCAAGAAAAAUAUUUACAAUAAAUACGGUGUAUGC